AUGGCCCCGCCAAGCGAGACCGAGGUCACCCCGGAGAACGUGGCCACGCUCCUUCAAUAUGAUACCAAGGUGAAGGUUGCCGGCGUGGACGCAGAUGGCAUUCUGCGAGGAAAGCUCAUGUCCAAGAAGAAAUUUCUCUCCAUUGCACAAGAUGGCUUCGGCUUCUGCUCGGUGAUCUUUGGCUGGGACAUGCACGACCGCACGUACUUCAAAGAGCUUAGCAUCAGUAACAAGGAGAACGGGUACCGCGACUUACUGGCUGUGCCUGAUCUCGCAUCAUUUAGGAGAAUCCCCUGGGAAGAUAAUGUCCCUUUCUUCCUCGUUAGCUUCUUCGAUCCAGAGACGCGACAGCCGAUCAGCGCUUGUCCGCGGAGUCUGCUCCAGACAGCCGUGGAUAAGCUGGCCCAGUCGGGAUAUAAAGCGAUGGCUGGCGCUGAGUACGAGUUCUAUCAAUUCCGGGCGCCGCAAGAUGGAUCAAGCACCGAGCGAAACUCGUCAGCAACAGCUUCCUUCCUAAAGAACAAUCCAGUCGAAUCGCUUCCUUCGCUCACCGAAGGCAUGUUUGGAUAUAGCAUUACGCGACCUGUACACAACCAAGAGUACUACUACGGCAUCUUUGACGCAUGCGAACAGUUUCGUUGUGAUAUCGAGGGGUGGCAUACAGAGAGCGGACCGGGCGUAUUUGAGGCUGCUUUACAAUUUGGUGAAAUCAAGGAAAUGGCCGAUAGAGCUGGACUUUUCAAAUACGUUGUUAAAUCUCUCGGAAGCAAACACGGAAUCACUCCGGCCUUUAUGGCAAAACCGCGCGAAGGUCUGCCGGGUAAUAGCGGUCAUAUGCAUGUUUCUAUUGUUUCAAAAGACGGUACGAAUUUGUUUGUGCGUGAUACAGCCGACCCAUCUCCGCCGUACCCAGAAGUAGCCUACUUGUCGGAUUUGGGAAGACACUUUCUUGCAGGUCUCCUGGAAGGUCUACCAGAUAUUAUGCCGCUUUUUGCACCCACGAUCAAUUCCUACAAACGGUUAGUUGAAAACUUCUGGGCGCCUGUCACUGUGUCCUGGGGCCUAGAACACCGAGCGGCCUCGAUCCGAUUGAUCUCUCCACCAACAGCCAGCGCCAAGGCAACACGAUUCGAGGUCCGGGUGCCCGGAGCAGAUGCUAACGCGCAUUAUGUCCUGGCAGCAAUUCUGGCAACUGGCUGGAGAGGCGUGGAGAAGAAACUAGAGAUCCCCGUUCCUCCACUAGGUAAGGGUGAAGAUACAGGCGGCGCCAGUGAUAAGGGGGCACGAUUAGCCAAGUCACUCAAGGAGGCAAACGCCAUUUUCCGGAGACCGGGAAGUGUCGCUCGAGAGGUGUUUGGAGAUGAGUUUGUUGAUCAUUUCAGCGGAACGAGGGAGCAUGAAGUCAUCCUCUGGGAGGAAGCUGUUACAGAUUGGUUCGUCGCUCUACUUGGUGGUGGUGGUGGUGUUGUGUUUAGGAUGCUAACCAACCACGUUUGUUGCUUGAUACAGGGAAGUCCGACGGUAUAUUGA